GACACGUCAAACGCCGGCUACGUGUUAACUAUGACUUCCACACUAACCAGUCGUUCCCACUCACAUAAAAAUUUGGACAGAAAAACGGUAUGUUCAAAUAUGCGCUUAAGCGCAUACUACGCUCAAUACGAAAUAUCAAGGCACCGAUUGGUUUCGUUAACGGAACAUGAAACAGAAAUAGUUUGCCUGCCAAUAAGAUUAAUUUCACGUCAAUGUAAUUUCCAAUCAUUGACUAUGAUCUAGAUAGAGACAUAUAGUCCAACCUAAAUACAGAGUGAGCAUCUUGAAAACGUCAUAUCCGGACAAUUUGUUAUUAGUUGAACGAUUGCCAUUUAUAAUGUCCUAUGAAAUUAAUAUUUUCCAUUUACUUUAUAUUUCCGGAAGAAAUUUAUUUGCAUUAAUUUAAAUCUAUCAGAUAUAAAUAUGAAAGACAUAUAAUAUUUAAAAAGAACUAAAAACAUUUUUUACAUCGUUUCUUUAUCACUAUGUCAAUACGAUUAAAAAAUUAAAACUGCAUGUAUAUAUACAUAUACUGAUAUAAACAGGACGACAGUAAUGAAAUAUUUGAAAUAACACGGAUAAUAAUUUGUAAUGUUUACUAGUAAGGAACGGCUUAUAAAACGUACUGGUAAAAAUACUAUCGGUCGUUAUGAAUUUUUAAAGCUCUUAGCUACGGAAUUUAAAACCACUAAAUCUAAAGAAGCAAAAGAACAAGUAUUGGCAAAUCUUGCUAAUUUUGCUUAUGAUCCCAUUAAUUAUGGAUAUAUAAGACAACUUCAAAUAAUUGAUUUAUUCCUUUAUACAUUAUCAGAAAGUAAUGAAAAGUUGAUACGUUUUGCAGCAGGAGGUAUUUGUAAUUUAUGUGCUGAUCCAAUAAAUAAGUUAUAUAUUGUGCGUAAUCAAGGCAUUCAGUUAUUGACAUCCCUUCUUUCUUCACAAGACGAGGAUAUCUUACUUUCAGUAAUUACUAGUUUGAUAUUUUUAAGUAUACCAGAAGCAAAAGAUCAGAUAACCACUGACAUAAUUGAUAAAACAUUUUCUAAAUUUUUAAGAAGAUAUUGUACAGAAACUAUUGGAUUAGAUAAUUCAACGAAUGGUUUGAAAAAUAUGAGAACUACAAAUGAAAUAUCAGUUUUUAAAACAAUUACAAAUGAGGAUAUAUUACACUUUGCUAAAUUGACUGGUGAUUACAAUACAGUACAUACUGGUUCUGCGAAUAAUCUUGUCCAUGGUGCCCUUCUUAAUGGCUUGGUAUCAGGAGUAAUUGGUUCAAAAAUGCCAGGCCCAGGAACAAUAGUAGUGCAACAAAAUCUUAAAUAUCCAAAACCAUGUUAUGCAGGGGAUAGAAUAGAAAUAAAGGUGCAAAUUGUUUCUAUGAGAAAAAUUAUUACAUGUGAAUAUAUUUGUAUUGCAAAUGAAGAAAAAAUAGUCUUAAAAGGAAAUGCAAAACUCAACACUCUUCAAAUGACAACUACUGAAUCUCCUCUUGGAUGUACUUGUGGAAUUUUUUUAAACAGUCAGUUUAAAAAAGGCAGUAAAGAACAGCCUAAUGGAAAUCCUGUUCUGAUGCAUGAUCAAUCUGGAAUAUUUCCAUGUACUCCAAGUGGAAGAAGACAUUGCAUAAAUAAAUGUUUAGACAGUAUUGUGAAGUAUCUUCCAAACAGUUCUACAAUAUUAUGUAGCUCAUUAGAACGUGAUUGCCAUAAAGAAAGAGCUUACUUAUUUAUUAAGAACUGUAAACAGGAGUGGAUUAAUACCAAUUUUUCUGCUGGAAGAGAAUACUGUUGCAAGAAUGGAGCACCAUACAAAUGUCCAAUAUAUUAAAACAUCUGUAACAAAUUUCCUGUAAUUUUUUUUUUAUUUUUUUAUAUAUAUAUAUUGAUGAAUGUAAAAGCCCUUUUAUUUAAUAAAUAUACUCUUCUUUCUCCUCAA